CGCGGCGCGUCUGCGCAGUGCACGGCGCUCCCUCGGCGCUGGCCAACAUGGCGACCCUCGACGCCGGACGACCUUCGGCGUCGCAGCAACGCUUCUCCUUCCGGCGGCCCAGCCACGGCGCACCGACGUCGACCCCGGCCGAGCUCGAGCCCACGUCGUAGCCCUUUAGCUGCCAGCGGCGGACACCACUCGCUCGGGGUGUUCCGACGGGACAGCCUCAGUGACGCCUCUUCUUCUCUUUCCCACCGAACUAUCCCGAGCGAGGAAACGAAGGCUUCGCCUAGCGGGCCUCCCCCCCUCUUCUGCGAGCCUCGAGUGAGUGAGAGAGUGUGAGGUGGGGGGAGACCUGCGGGGGGGCGGCCCCCCGCCCGUUCAACCGCCUCCCUCGCCUCCGCGGCGGUGGCUGGUCCGCGAGGAGGCGCGAUGCCCUGGGCGCCUCAGCAGCGCACGCCUCGGCGCUGCGCCGCGGCCCGGGUCGGCCUGCCGCCGCCGCUGCUAUCGCCGCCUUCUCCGGACCACAGCGCAGGCACCCAAAGCCCGGAUUACCCGCGUCGCCAGCAGCGCUACUAGGGGCAGCGGGCCAGCGCGGCGGGCGAUGCCGUCGGGGCCCUGAGUAGGAGCGUUCCAUGGGCCGCCGCCGCCUGCUCUGCGCCUGGCUGCUGCUGGCGGGCCAGCUGGCGGCCUGGCCCCAGGCCGCCCUGCCCUCCUCCACCACCAGCGCCUCCGCGCCGCACCACCCGCGCUGGUCCGACGCCGUGCUCAGCCUGGUGCGCCGAGGCCGGAACGUGUCGGCCGCUCUGCAGCUCGUGCACGAGUCCCAGCACUGGACCGCGUGCAGCCGCGUCUCGCUCGCGCCCCUGGGCGUGCGGCCCAACGCGCGCUCCUCCGCCUCGCCGCUGCUCGAGCGCCAGGCGCAGGUGGCCGUGCGCACGGCCAACCUGCUCACCUCCCUCUCGGCGCGGCUGCAGAACGACACCGAGCUGGUGUACGGCGAGGACCUCUACUACACGCUGGCGCGCAUGAACGUGCUCAGCGAGGACGGCGUGCUGGGCAGCGGCCUGCUGGUGGUGCCCCGGGGCCGCGAUUCGCCCGUGCUCAGCGUGUUCGCGUACGCGUCGCCCUCCGGGGGCCUCGCCUUCCACCGAAACUACUCGUACGAAGCGGACUCGGUGGACCAGUGCGCGUGGUUCGCCCGCCUCGCGGGCGCAAACUACACGGCGUGGCUGCUGCGGCGCUACGGCACCAGCGUGCUCGACGUGGCCAGCGGACUGCAGGUGGCCGCCCGCGACGGGCUGUGGACGGCGCCGUACUUCGACUGCGCCGUCACCGACGCCUGGGUGGCCACGUUCGCGCUGCCCUUCCUCGGCGUGCGCCGGGACAACUCGCUCGUGUUCAGGGGUGUGGCCACUGUAAAUAUUGCGUUGAACACGAUGGAUAUCAAUCAGUGCUCCGAGGACGACCUUUUCUUUGCCAAAAGUCAUCGGUGUGAUCCACAAAGUGCCGAGUGUGAGCCCUCCGCGGGGCUGGGCUUCCGGCGGGGCGGCUACCGGUGCCGCUGCCGCGAAGGUUUCUACGCACCCGCCUUGCCGGACGACGGCGGUGGCGGCGGCGGCAUCAACGACGACACGGCGGCGGCGGGCAGCGGCGAGGCGCUCGAAGCUGCCGCGUCGGCCGAGUUCCGCUGCCUGCCGUGCCCGUCGCGGUGUGGCGGCGCCUGCCAGCGGGCCGACACGGCCGAGCAGCGGGAGGAGGCCUGCUUCGUGCAGUACAACAUGGCCUGGCGCACUCUGGCCCUCGGCCUGCAGGGCUUCUGCACCAGCGUCACGGUCGUGCUCAUGGCGGUCGUUUUCAGGCUCAGGAAGUCCAAGAUGUUUGCAUCGGCCAUGUGGAUUCUUCUAGAGGUCAUUUUGUUGGGAGCACUUAUUAUCUACCAAACAAUCAUAAUACGUUACUUCGAACCGACUACGACGACCUGUCUAAUAGAACCUUGGUUCCGCGAAAUAGGAUUCAUCGUCCUCUACGGCGCGCUUUUAUUGAAGAUUUACAGGAUCCUUGCGGAGUUCCGGACGCGCAAGGCACACCGCGUGUGCGUCCGGGACAAGGACCUGCUCAAGUACCUGCUGGGGCUGGUGCUGGUCGUGGCCGGCUACAUGUCGGCCUGGACGGCCGUGGUCAUGGACAACUGGGAGAAGGGCCACAGCAUCCUGCAGGUGGCCCGCGCCGCCGGGCACCGCUCCGCGCUACGCUUCCUCGUCUGCCGCGCGCUCUGGUGGGACUACGUCACCGAGUUUGGGGAAGCUCUGUUCAUGCUUUUGGGCAUCUACUUAGCCUAUUGUAUACGUAAUGCCAAAGUUGAGUACUACACAGAAAAAUGGACUCUCUGCUGCUCUGUUUACAUCGAAACCUUGUUCUCCCUUAGUAUGUACAUAAUUCGGCACGCAUUGGCGGCUGUUCUCGAGCCUGACCAUGUGUUUCUGCUAUACUUCAUUCGCUGUCAUUGUACUGUCACCGUCAUCCUGUUCCUCGUAUUCGCCCCCAAGUUAUGGUACCACCAUCGGCCUCCAAACUUGGCAACAGAGCAUCGCAGUCGUCAUUUUUCAUCGUAUGAAAUUCCGGAUCCGCAUCCAGAGAAUCUGAAACUCCACGAAGCCGUUCUUUCCAACGGAGAGGUGGACAUUGCAGACAUAAACCUGGCAGACAUGGAUCCGGAAGACAUAAGGGCUGAGCUUCGGCGCGUGUACACCCAACUGCAAGUGCUGCGGAACAAGACGAUGCGCAAGGACAACCCGCACAUCUCGAAGCGCCGCGGUGGCCGCAAGGUGACGCACCGGCGGUUCUCGCUGCAGCCCUUCCACCACAAGCACAAGCACGCGCACGCGGCGCACUCUGCGGCGCACGAGCAAGAGACCACCGAGGUCUCCAAGACGCCCGAGGACUCGACGGCCAGCGGCGAGGGCGGGCCCGUGCCCGACGGACCGUCUGUCACGAGCGUCUCGGGCAUCGGCCGGCCCCUGCAGUUCGACGACGCAGCCGCUCCCUCGACGCCCGUCACCCCGUCCCGGAGGUCCUAGGACGCCGACACGAAACAACGAGACGCAGGCAAGGGGACCAAGGGAGCGUGCCAAAACCUCUAGGACCACAGAAAACCAGCAACGCGCAACGGCCGGCGCACUCUCUUCGCAUUCGUUCCCGGCAGCCACCGCGGCACGUCUCGAGAUGGUGGCGGGCCCCGGAAGGGGGGGAACGCACUACACGUACCUCUGAACGAUGCGCAGAACGAGGACAAACUACACACAACAGCGAAGGGGAGCAUCGCGCCAACGGCCCACAGCGCGUCCGCCGUCACACGCACUUCACAACAGACUCGUACACCAAGGGUGCGUUCCGAUUCUGCCGGCCUGGCUGAACGUGCUAGAAACGGCGCCGAAUGGGGCGCUAAAUCUCGUUCAAUACCUCGUCGAGCUAUCAAAAAGGAAACACGGCUCGGCUUGAGCGUCGGAAAUGCGGCAUUGUGCUCUCUCACUCGGCAGUUUUUGUGCCACGCCAUGAAAGCUCCGAGUCAGGCCGAUGCUCUUUUAGCAGCCAUUGGUCGGCGCUGUGAGGAGUUCUCUAGAUAAGUCUAGCCUGCAGUGAUGCGUUCUCCUGAACACACUCGUCUUUAUCGACGUCUAGACAAGGCCACUUUCUUUCUUUACUGAGCUUCCUUUGUUUUCCGUCAUAAAUAAAGGCCGCUUGUGUCAGUAGCGAAACAGGCAUAUCUAUUCUUUUGUAAUUAUAAGCAGUUCGUCGGUCGUGCGAUCCAGCGCCAUUGGAAGUUGGGGGAAAAAGCAGUUGACGGUGGCCUCUCUCCCUCACCCUUCCUAGAGUAUUUAUUAUUAUUAUUAUUCCACGCACUCCGCAGGGGCGUGCAGGUGACUAUUCCCGCUCAUUCCCCAUGCACAUAGGGUGCCUCUGACCUACACUGACGUCAUCUGGGCCGCCAAGUUCGAGGACUACUGGCAAGAUGAAGGCUUGGCCAUUAUCACGUUGUGCCCCAAACAGACAGAACCUACGGGAGACGUUUGGGACCAAAUUCGAGACGUCGUGACGUCAUAUGACCAAUAACCCCCAACGCCUGAUCUGUAGGGGCACCGUCGUCGGGAAUGCGGUGUCUGAGCCCUUCCUUUUAUUCUAAGGCUAGCACAAACUGGCCCAUUCCUUUUACUGCGAUAGCGGGCUAUCUUGAACAUUAUUACGGACAUCGAUAUGGACUAGCAGACGACUAUUCAUCACGCGAAAAAAAAAAGUUAUGUUUAAAUGGAACUGCGUUACAAGCCGAGUGCACGUAUGAACAAGCAAAGUCCUUAUUUCUUUAGGCCAUCAAUGUUAAUCCGUAACACUGCGCCCCGCCUAAUCGGUAGCCCGUGACGCAACAUUUCCUGGGCCAGCAGAGACGAAUCGGAACGCACCCAUGCACUCUGUCAGACGCUAUCCUCCUCUCUUCAUAGAAAUAGCCACCAUCAAUUAAGUUAGGGACGGAAACCAUCGUUCAAUCGCACCUUUCAGUAAAGAACGCGACUUUUCCUCCACAUUAUGCGACCGUUGCCACGCCAGAUUUCUCUUACGCGCUAUACCUUGGAUCUGCGCGCGCGCACCUCGUCUGUCGCAUACUAAUGUUUGUUUUUCUCGGGAGCGAUUUGGUAAGAAAAAGAGCAAAGGAUACAGAGCAGAGAGAUAUCUAUACAUAUACGCUUGGGCGAACCGAAAUGUACAGUUGCAUAUUGAGCGUGAAUGUAACACCGAAGAAAGAGGCGACGUUAUGGACAUGCGACAGCUUCAGAAGAGCUUAACAUUGCUAGUGCAGUGGUUCCAGACAGUAAGCGUUCAGAGUGUGUUGUUUGUGUCGUACUAGAGACCGCAAUAAUGCGCUAAUAGCUCGCUGCAGAAGCGGCAAUGACGUUAAUACUCGCGCGCACUACAAGCGGUUUGCAAGAGCAAGUGCGAUACGGUCGAAUAAGUCGUCGUCAGAAUAAGAGUAGCCCAGAGAUGCGUACACACUUGUCUACUGUUUAAAUGAAGUAACAACUCGAGGUAGGCGUCCGAUGUAUUAGCCCUCUGAAUAACCAGCCAUUAGUCUCCAAUAGUUCUCAACCACAACCGACAGAGGUCACGUGAGCCAAGUGGAGAAUGUACGUCUUACGAUUUCGCGCGAAUUUCUCUGCGGAUAUUCGCAGCUAGUUGUCAAGUGCAGCUAUCGCCUUCACUUCUGAUGCUCGGAAGCAGAACCAUUGUGUCAAAUACGAUUUGAACAUUUGCAUAUUCGUCAUUAUUCAACAUGAAAACACUCGUAAAAAAGGCAAGGUGGUCUUUCUCAACAGUUCAUAAAGCUAUAGGAUGUAAACACGCUCAAUAACUUAGUAGCCACUCUGUCAACUUCACUGUGACUAUAGAACACAAGUACUCAUUCUUUAAGUCAUCAACAACACUUUACCACCAUUAUCAUACCAGCACUGCCUUUUCGACUGUAUCACUGUUGUGAGCGUCGGAAGACGAAUCCUAAAGAGAACCAUUCUUACUUCCAGCAGUUACGCGAUGACGUCAUUACCGUAACUGCGGCGAGCUAUGCGUUUACCGUCCCGGUUGCUGCGAAGGCUUUUUACUGAAGUGUGUGCGGGGACUCUGCGAUGCCUCAAAGUGCAUUAAUUUAGGAAAUACCAGUGCAACUGUCGUUACACGCAGUCUGCCACGUUUUCAAAGACCACUAUCACUUUCAGCGCUAAGGGUUUCAUUAUUACCGCAAUACCAAGGAUAGUGAGAGAAGGCGCGCUAUUUGCGUCGCAGUAGACGUGUGAAUGAGACAUUCCACAAAUGGUUAGAGACGACGUAUAAAUGAAGGCAGCCACAUGGCGCCAAACAGAUGCCGAGGGAAGAAAGAAACCGGGUGGAUAGGCUAGCACUACGGCUUUGACAUUCCGAAGAUGAAAACAUUGAUCCCGCAAAAACGGAAAAAGCGAGGGAGGGACGUUUCUUCAAGAACAGCACACAGAAACCUAGUACAUGAACGUAGAAUAAAAUAGAACGAAUGGGAGAACAUAGUUACGUUAUUGGGGCCAGAGUCCGGUUUCCUACCCUACACUGGGAGAUGGCGAACUGUAGAAAAGUGAGAGAAAGUGUGGAUGGGAAGUAGCUGUAAAGAAGCAGGGUUAACACUCAGGCAGCUUAGCUUCUGCAACACGAGAAAAGGGGCGGAGCUAGACGCAGGCGUACACGACGCAAAGAUGACAAAGCUGCGCAUUACUAAAAACAAGCCUUCCCAGAGAGAAAGGCCGAUGAAUGAGCACAUGAUCUACAAACCUCAGUAUGAACUAGCAAUAACCACUGAAACGAACACAAAAUUAAAGGAACACGAGUGUAGCCCAUAAUGACUGCGUGGAGUUUGUGACAGCGCUCAGGUAAAAGAAAUUAUGGGACGUGUGGAUCCAAAGCCGAAUGCGUCCUGCUGCAGAACUCCGCAGGGUAGAGGCUGAUUCAUGAAAGAGAAACUUGUCAUUCACUCGAAUGUACCACAGACAUUCAUUAGCGAAGCGGUCUUUCCGAAGAAACCGUAGAGGUUUCCUUUGCGGCUUCAUCUUACAUUCAAGGGAGCGCCAAUUUAAUCUUUCACUUCGUGGACUAAGAAGCCGCCGCGCAACGGGGGUACGUGGUGUACUACACCUAAUGCACCCAAUGUGCUCGUAAGGCACUUGCUUUCCUUGCCCAAGCCGAAGCAUAUACCCACCCUUUCACGUUUCCACGGGCGAGUGUUAACGCGCGUAUCCCAACACACGCUUAAGUCACUGCAAGCGUCGCUGGCAACCACACCCUCUAACUGACCCUUGUAAAGGUCUCGAGGCUUCCAGACCCAGAUCCCCGGUUCGAGAUUCGGGUUCGACCCACAAAGCCCUGCUGACGUUCGGGCUGCAGUUCUGCUGGUGCGCCAUGAAGAAGAACUACAAAUGCGUGCGCGUCUUACCUAUGAUGGGAUAGCCGCAGCGCCUCGCGAUGCUCGUGUUUUGCUCCAAGGCGUGAAACGCCGACCGCUUACGAUGCCACAAUCGCGGCUGUUCCGCCGCACGUUGGGGGGGUAGCGCUCGCCGCGGGCUACUACAGCCGCGCAGAUCGACGACGACAGCGAAAAGAUAACAAGGCCGAAGGUGGGAACACUACUCAUGCCAAAGUUUUGCCGAUGUGUAUUUGGUUCCGUUCUGUUUAUCCCCCUCACGACCAUCUAUGUAGGUGCAUACGUGUACGUCAGUGUCGGGCUGCGCUCCUGACAUGUGAGAAACGGGCUGGUUCCUGGGAUGGUCGACGCAUCCCACGCGAGCGAGAGACAAGACCUGACAAGGACACUGACGGGAGGCGAUCAAAAAUACUUCAUCGUGAAAUACUUAUACCCUUCUCUACCAGAAGGCGGCAUUACCGCCACUUGCGGUCGUGUUUACCAUUCAUAUGCAAUAGGUAGCCAAAGUUGGAUGAUACAUCUGUAGUUAACGGUUCACGUUACAUGUUUGUUGUCAACGUUCGCUGGAGCUGUAAAAGGCCGUGUACCUAUUCACUGAUAUUAUUAAAAAAUAUUUUGUUUCGA